GCUGGACAAAACGCUGCAAGAUGUCGUGUACAAGCUGGUGCCCGAACUGUUCCUCUGCGAGAUGACUCGCCGGAAACUGCACUAUCAGCAGUAUCCGGAAAUCGCGGCUCGAGUAUCUCCGGAGGAACGGGGCGAGGAUACGGAAAGAACCAUCUUCAACCCUCAAGAUUGCAUUAGUUUAUCCUUGGAGUAUGUUAGAAUUCAUACAGAAAAAUGCAUUCUAAAAUUAGGAUGUAUUGGUCCAGCAGCUCUGCAGGAAGGCGAAACUGCUGGCAUGACCACAGCAGAUGAUCUCUUGGGUCAUUUGUGGCAGCACAAUUAA